AUGAACUCAUCAAAUGGUAAGUCGGUAAAGGAAAUACCACAAAAGUCAGAACAUGUGUAUCAGCUGAAGCAAAAGGGCGCAUCCGAAUUUACGCUGUUCAGUUUUAGUAGCUUACUUCUUGCAACUAACAACUUUGAUGCAACAAAUAAACUUGGCCAAGGAGGGUUUGGACCCGUUUUUAAGGGAAUGCUGAAUGAUGGAAAGGAGAUAGCUGUCAAAAGACUUUCCAGUAGCUCAGGCCAAGGCAUGGAUGAGUUUAAGAAUGAGAUCGUUCUAAUAUCGAAACUUCAGCAUCGAAAUCUGGUCAGACUCAUGGGCUGCUGCGUCGAAGGAGAAGAAAAGAUUUUAGUAUACGAAUACUUGUCAAACAAAAGCUUAGAUUCCUUUCUGUUUGAUUCAAAAAGGAAAGCAGAACUCAACUGGGAUACACGUUUUCGCAUCAUUCAAGGGAUUGCGAGUGGGCUCCUGUAUCUGCAUCGCGAUUCUUACCUUCGAGUUAUCCAUCGAGAUUUGAAGGCAAGCAAUAUUCUCUUGGAUGAGAAAAUGAACCCAAGAAUUUCGGACUUUGGGCUGGCGCGGAUCUUCGAAGGCACUCAAGUUUUGCUAAAUACUCACAAAGUUGUAGGAACACUAGGAUAUAUGUCUCCUGAGUACAUCAUGGGAGGGAUAUUUUCUGAGAAAUCCGAUGUUUAUAGCUUUGGGGUGUUGCUACUUGAGAUCGUUGUCGGCAAAAAGAACACGAGCUUAUACUACCGUGGCCAGCAUUUCAAUCUUCUUUCCUAUGCAUGGCAACUGUGGAGUGAAGAUAGAGGACCAGACCUAAGGGAUGAAGCUAUAGUUAAUACUUGUCCGCCAUCAGAAGCAAUGAGAUGCAUUCAGGUGGGGCUUCUCUGUGUGCAGGACCAAAUGACGGACCUACCCAACAUGCUAUCCGUAGUUCGGAUGCUGAGCGGUGAGUCAGAUCUUCCUCAGCCGAGACCUCCAACGUUCACCUUCCAAAGGGGAAAUCCAAGUCAAGAUAAGGAGGCACAAGGGGAAAGUAUUUUUUCCAUGAACACCAUGACGAAUUCUGUGGUGGAAGGAAGAUGA